AUGCGAACCAGCAAGAAGAAGGAGGACAGCGAAACGAGUGGCUUGAGCGCAACGAGGCAGCGCUUCGUCGACAUCUCGCGCUCCGUUCUCUUCAUCCAGGCCCGCUUCCGCCACGUCAAGACGGUCUUCCGCGACUUUGGCCCAAGCGUUUUCUGCAACCGCAUGGGUGACCCGUGCGACCAUGGGGACAUCGUCUUUCUCUCGGAUCGCGCGGCCAAGUACAUCGUCCUGUCCGAGACGUCCUCCACGGGCCUCCUCUCCAAGUUUGUCGAGGGCUUCUGGGGCGUGAGCAAGCCGGAGGUUCUGAUCUCGGUCACAGGCGGCGCGCGCGACUUUGAGCUCUCGCCGCCGCUCGCACGUGCCUUCAAGAGCGGGCUCGUCGAGGCGGCGACGUCGUCGCGGGGGUGGAUCGUGACGGGCGGCACCGACACCGGCGUGAUGAAGCUCGUCGGGGACGCCUGCCUCGAGUCGCACCUCUCCGUGCCCGUCAUCGGCAUCGCGCCGUACGGCGCCACAAACGGCAACGACAAGCUGGCUGGCCAGUUCCGGCGCGUGGUGUACACCAACGUGCCCUCGCCCUCCAAGGACGGCGCACCGCUGAAUGGCGGGCACACUCACUUCCUCCUAGUCGACAGCGGGCUGGCGGGGCGCGGCGCGUGGGGAACAGAGAUCAAGCUGCGCUCGCGGCUGGAGAACUUCUACGUGGAGCGCAAGGGCGUCCCGAGGGUGGUCCUCGUGGUCAACGGCGGGCCGGGCACCAUGGAGACCGUCCUCGAGGCGGCUCGCGCCUCGUCCCCCAUCGUUGUGAUUGCCGACUCGGGCGGCGCCGCAAGCGCAAUCUCGCGGUACUGCAGCAUCUCGCGGGACGCUGGGCGGACGCACAGGGAGUCGAUGGCGGGCCUCGCAAAGGACUUCCCCGCCUAUGCCAACGACAGGAUGGCCGAUAAGCUCCUCGAGCUCUCUCAGCUCAACGACGACUGCAAGCUCGUCACGCUCUUCCGGCUCAAGCAAGGCGACUUCUCCGGCUCCGCGGCGGGCUGCGACAUGUCCACAUCGCUGCUCGAGGCCAUCACCAAGCUCUGGCUCUCCUCCCCCGCCGACGACGCACUCUCGGCCGAGUCAUCCUUGCUGAGACGGGGGACCGAAGCGAGGAGCAGCGACGGCAGCGAGCCCUCCUCCUCGAGGGGCCACCCGCACUCGCUCGGCAACUCGCGUAACAAUUCGUGGACCAGCAUGGACCAGUUCAACCCGAACCGGAUGCGCUCGCGCCGCAAGCGUGCCAUCCUGCUGGCGGUGCGUUGGGACCGGCGACCGCUCUCUGCAACGAGUCCGCCCCCAUCCCCGCCGCCGGCGCCUGCUGAGCCUCCCUUCCGCCCGCGGCGUAGGCCCGACAUCCUCGAGCGGAUCCUGCAGCAGCAGCAGGAGACGGCGGGCGAGAGUGGCUGGAGCGAGGCGCACACCGCGGCGCUGCAGUUUGCCCUCUCCCUCCACAAGCCAGGCGUGAUCAAGCACCUCCUCGAGGCGUCGCAGCAGACCAUCUCGCUCAAGGACGUCAACCUCCUGGAUCUCUACGGCAACGUCGACGGGCUCGGCUACCUCGCCUCGCAGCCCGCGCUGCAGAAGGUCCUCGUCAGCUCGCUCACCGCGCCCCCGCCCGCCCGGAAGGGAAAGAAGGCGCGCUCGCGGCCGCACGACACGUACAAGGAUUCGAUCGCACCGUGGUUGGGUUCCACCUUCGCCGUCGAGCUGCAGCGCGACGCGGACCUGUCCAGCGAGCCGACGUACGCGCAGCUCUUUUACUGGGCGGUCCUCUCCGGCGACUGGGCGAUGGCGCGCCUCUUUUGGAGCCGCUGCUCGGACCCGACUCGGACGGCGCUCGUCGGGUCGCACAUCUGCCGCCGCAUGGUGGCGCACGGCGUGUCGCAGGCGGCGGCGGUACGCGAGCACGCCACCAAGCUCGAGGAGAUGGCCAUCGGCAUCAUCGACGCCGCCGAGACGCCGGCGGAGGCGGCGGCGGUGCUCGCGCACAAGGACGGCAAGAUGUCGGUUGGCUCGCUGCGGCUGCUGAUGCACGCCGUGCUGCCCUUCACCAACCCGUACUACAUCGCGAUGGCCCGCGAGGCGGUCGCCUCGUGCCUGGGCCGCCGCAGCCCCAACGAGUCCGGGCCCAAGCUGCACAGCGGGUUGACGAGGGAGGCAUCGGCUCUCCUCAACAGGGCGCGGGCGACCAUCGCAGGCAUGGACUCGAUGAGGAUCGGGCAGGCGGAGCGCGAGCAUGCCCUCAAAGACCCGCCCCUGACCGCGUCGCCGACAGCCGGCUCCCGCAAGUUUACGACGAUAAGCGGGGCCGUGCAGGCCGUGCAGGUCGCGGCGCGCUUCUCCAACUCGACCGAGCGGAGCGCGAGCAAGGAGGAGGAUGCCAAAGAGGCGGCAGCCGUCAUGGCAUCACCGACCUCCUUCUCGGCCGCCACGCCAGCCGCUCUGGCCGGCACAAAGCCGCUGGGCCGACCUUUGGAAAACGGCUUCUACUCGGUCCCGGGCGUCGUUUCCAUCCUUCGGCUCGCCUCGCACUUCGCCUUCCUCGCGCUAUACGCGCACACGCUCUCCCAGCUCGACCCGUCGGGAGGGGCUCUGGGCGAUAGCCCGGGAGAGGGCGCCUUCGGAGGGGCUGAGCAGAGGCCGCCGCUCUCCCGCAGCGAGGCGAGCUUCCUGCUGUGGGCCGUCUCCAUCACGCUCGACGACGUCGUCAACGACUUUGACCCGGACCUCGAGAACAUGGAGCCCGCCAGCGGGACAGUCGCGAAGAUCGGCGACGCGCUGCUCUUCGUCGCCGCGCUCGCUCGCGCUGGGCCCGGCCCGUGGUCUCGCUCGCGCUACGAGGUCUACGCCGCGCUCCUCUCGGUCACCGUCAUCCCCGUCACGCUCCGGCUCGUCGAGUACCGGGCCGCUCUCUCGCCCAAGAUCGGCGUCCUCUUCAUCAUCAUCAAGAAGAUGUCUGCCGACCUGCUCGUCUUCGCCGAGAUCUUCGCCGUCGUCCUCGUCGGCUUCGCUCUCGCCUUCGUCGGCGUCUUUCAGAUGCACCCGCCCGCCGACGCCGGCCGGCGAUCCCUCGGCAUGGCGAGCUCCGACGAGCUGCUCUUCGGCGCCUCGGAGCUCGACGACGUCUUCGGCCCAAAAUCGCCGAUCAUGACCCCCUUCUGGGCCGUCUUUGGCGCCUUCGAGGUGGACGACCUCAUCGACGUGCCGGCGAUGUACCCCUUCCUCCUCUGGACGUAUGUGCUCGUCAGCUCGGUCGUCAUGGUCAACCUGCUCGCUCGUGUGUCUCAACAGGUCUUCUCGGGGGCCGAGGAGGAGUUCCGCUACCAGCGCUACCAGCGCAUUUUCCUCUGCAAGCACGUCUUCAACCCGAUCCCGCCCCCCUUCAACAUGCCCAUCCACGCCCCCCUGCCCGCCGAGGCCAAGCGGCUGCAGAAGCGCUUCUCGGACGGCGAGGCCGCCAAGCGGAGGCAAGACGACCUGCUCACCGAGAUCCGCGCCGUGGUGCAGAGCGGCACCGCGGAGCAGCGCCGCCGGCUGGAGGCGCCGCCCGCGGCCUGGCCACCAGCGCUCGGCGACCAGAUCCGGGGCACGCAGCAGUCGCACGCGGAGGACCUCCGGCGCAUCAAGAACGAGCUGCGCGGCGAAGAAAGCGGUCUCGCCGGCAGCAGUGAUCGUCGCAGCAACUGCAGUGUUAGCAGCGACAUCACCCCGCCGCUGCCUUCGCCAAAGGCGCCCUCUACGUUUCCCGCUCCGAGCCCCCUCUCUGAGCCUCUCGCGCUGCCAACGGCGGCCGACUUGGCGCUGGACCUGGGAGAGGUGAGCAACGACAGGCCGGAUAGCGCCGCCGCCAGCUCGACCGCCAACCACGCUGCAGUCGACACCCCGGACGCGCCGCCGCUUCUAGCGGGCGACAACAGCCUCGAGACACGCCGGGCGAAGCACAAGCGAGGAUUCGCUGCGAAGCUCAAGCUGUCUGGGCGGUAG